ACCGUGGACAACAUCGCCAUCUGUAGGCGAGAAAGCGCAAUUGCAGCCUUUUCAGGUGGAACACACAGCUGGGGAGCGCCAUUGUGAAACCAGCUUCAGCGUCCUACAGGGGGGAGUGGUUUGCCUUCGUCACUAUCUCGCUCUAUCUCCCCCCCCCCCCCCCCCCCCCAGCCAACUCGCACGCGGAGUAGAUCUCUUUCUUCCACGCUGAUUUCACAGGACCCGGCGAUCACGCACACCGAGCUGAAGGCUCACAAUGGAAGGCCAUCCCCUCCUUCAUGAUCCGUGAACCCUCCCCAAGUGGACUACUUGUUUGUCGCACAGUGUGUACGAAUGGUGGCUCCACGGAGACGCGAGAGGGGAGGAGGAGGAGGAGGAGGUGGAGGACGGCGCUCCCUCGUCUUCUAAGAGGAUAAAGGAGGAAAGGGGGCUAUUUUUAACCGGACUCUUGUGGACUCUUACCCGGGGCACAAUGAGCGGCGGGCCGGAUGAGAGCUCGGUGCGUGUGGCGCUAAGGAUCCGUCCUCAGCUGGCCCGAGAGAAGAUCGAAGGCUGCCACAUAUGUACGUACGUGAUGCCCGCCGAGCCGCAGGUGGUCCUGGGCAAGGACAAGGCCUUCACGUACGACUUUGUCUUCGACAUGGACACCCAGCAGGACGCCAUCUACGGCCACUGCACCGAGAGUCUCAUCGAGGGCUGCUUCCAGGGCUACAACGCGACCGUAUUCGCGUACGGCCAGACGGGCUCGGGGAAGACUUACACCAUGGGAACCGGCUUCGACGUCAACAUCGGCGAGGACGAGCUGGGUAUCAUUCCCAGGGCCGUCAACCACCUGUUCCGGGGCAUCGAGGAGCGGCGGCAGGCUGCCACCGAGCAGGGAAAGCCUGUCCCUGAGUUCAAGAUCAACGCUCAGUUCCUGGAGCUGUACAACGAGGAGGUGGUGGACCUGUUUGACACCGCGCGGGACGUGGAGGCCAGGAGGCAGAAGUCCAGCGUGCGCAUCCACGAGGACGCCAGCGGAGGCAUCUACACGGUCGGCGUCACCACACGCAGUGUCAACUCCGCGGCCGAGAUGAUCCAGUGUCUGAAACUGGGCGCUUUGUCCAGGACCACGGCCAGCACUCAGAUGAAUGUGCAGAGUUCGCGCUCUCACGCCAUCUUCACGAUCCACCUGUGCCAAGUUCGGAUGUGCUCACCUGACAACGAUAACGCGACAGACAACCGUCUGGCGGGCAACUCGGACAUCAACGAGUUUGAGACGCUGUCGGCUAAGUUCCACUUUGUGGACCUGGCUGGUUCCGAGAGGCUCAAAAGAACCGGAGCCACGGGAGACCGGGCCAAAGAAGGCAUCUCCAUCAACUGUGGACUGCUUGCCUUGGGCAACGUGAUCAGCGCUCUUGGCGACAGAAGUAAGCGCUCCACACACGUGCCUUACCGAGACUCCAAACUCACCCGUCUGCUCCAGGAUUCGCUCGGCGGGAACAGUCAAACGGUGAUGAUCGCGUGCAUCAGCCCGUCAGACCGCGACUUCAUGGAGACCCUGAACACUCUGAAGUACGCCAACCGAGCGCGGAAUAUCAAAAACAAGGUCAUGGUGAACCAGGAUCGAGCCAGUCAGCAGAUCAGCGCGUUGAGGACGGAGAUGGCGCGCCUGCAGAUGGAGCUGAUGGAGUACAAAACGGGUAAGCGCAUGGUGGGCGAGGAUGGCACGGAGGGCCUCAACGACUUGGUCCACGAGAACGCCAUGCUGCAGACGGAUAACAACAAUCUGAGGGUGAGGGUGAAGGCCAUGCAGGAGACCAUCGACGCUCAGCGAGCCAGACUCACUCAAAUCCUCAGCGAUGGAGCCAACCAGGCGCUGGCCAAAGCAGGCGAAGGCAACGAGGAGAUCGGCAACAUGAUCCACAACUACAUCAAGGAAAUUGAGACACUCAGAGCCAAACUUCUGGAGAGCGAGGCCCUCAACGAGAACCUCCGGAAGAGCCUGUCGCGCGCCUCCACUCGCUCGUCGCUCUACGCCGGCCCCGCCUCCUUCUCUCCGGCCAUCUUUGCGCCUGAGAAAGAGGCCAACGACAUCAUCGAGAUGGCCAAGAAAGACCUGGAGAAGCUCAAGAGGAAGGAGAAAAAGAAGAAAAAGAGUGUUGUGAAGGAGGAAAUGGCGGACAAUGACCAGGAACGAGGUGGCAACGAAGCAGAGCUGGGCAGCGACCACGAGGAAGCUGACGACGACGGCGACGGAGAGGAAGAAGACUCGGACACGGCAGGAGAUGAGACGUCCGAGGAGUCGGAGGCGGAGGAGCUGGAUGAAAAAGACGACGUCCAAGCCGACCUGGCCAAUAUCACGUGCGAGAUCGCCAUCAAGCAGAAGCUGAUCGACGAGCUGGAGAACAGCCAGCGGCGCCUCCACACGCUCAAGCAGCAGUACGAACACAAGCUGGUCAUGCUGCAGAAUAAAAUUCGAGACACGCAGCAGGAGAGGGACAAAGUGCUGCACAACAUGGGCUCGGUGGAGUCAUGCACAGAAGAAAAGGCCAAGAGGAUCAAGGCCGAGUACGAGAGGAAGCUGAGCUCCAUGAACAAGGAGCUGCAAAAACUCCAGUCGGCCCAGAAGGAGCACGCGCGGCUGCUCAAGAACCAGUCGCAGUACGAGAAGCAGCUCAAGAAAUUGCAGCUCGACGUCACCGAGAUGAAGAAGACCAAGGUGGCGCUGAUGCGUCAAAUGAAAGAGCAACAAGAGCGCAACAGAGCCACAGAGUGCAAGAGGAACAGGGAAAUUGCGUCUUUGAAGAAAGACCAGCGCAGAGCUGAGCAUCAAGUGAAGCAGCUUGAGGCACAGAAGAGACAGCAGGAGUUAAUCCUACGUCGGAAGAACGAAGAGGUGACUGCUCUGAGGCGUCAGGUGAGGCCAGUGUCUGGCAAGGCGAGCAGGAAAGUCACCUUACCCGAAUCCCUCUCAGAGCCGCCCCACCGGAGCUCUCCGGGAAGGCCGUACUCGUCAGCGUCAUCGACGUCCAACGGCGCCAGGAGUUCGCCGGCGCGCAGGGGAAGCGGCUACCUCAGCCGGACCGCCAGGGCCAAAUGGCAGUCGUUGGAGCGACGCGUCAGUGACAUCAUCAUGCAGCGGAUGACCAUCUCCAACAUGGAAACAGAUAUGAAUCGACUCAUGAAGCAAAGGGAGGAGCUGACCAAGCGGAGGGAACGAGUGUCCAGGAAAAAAACCAAGACGAUGGCGGAGGCGGCCCCGGACUCUGAGCGCUCGCUGACCCCCUUGAACGAGGAACUGGAGUCUCUGGGCGCCAACAUCGAUUACAUCAAUGACAGUAUCGCGGACUGCCAGGCCAACAUCAUGCAGAUGGAGGAGGCCAAGGAAGAAGGAGACACGGUGGACGUGACGGCGGUGGUCAGCUCAUGUAGUCUAUCGGAGGCUCGCUUCCUUUUGGAUCAUUUCGUGACAAUGGCCAUCAAUAAGGGCCUGCAAGCGGCUCAGAAGGACUCCCAGCUGAAGGUGAUGGAGGGUCGGCUGAAGCAGACGGAGAUCAACAGCGCCACGCAGAACCAACUGCUCUUCCACAUGCUCAAGGAGAAAGCCGAGAUCAACCCCGAGCUGGAUGCCCUGCUGGGGAGCGCCCUCCAAGAGAACGGGGACGAAAGCAGCAGCGAUGAGUCGAACCCCAGCCCGGCUGCAGAGGGCAGCCCGCUGCCGUCAGACGUGAUGAAGUUAUGCGGCGACUCCCGUCCGAGAAACAAGGCUCGUAGGAGGACCGCCACCCAGAUGGAGCUUCUCUACGCCACCACAGGAGAUCCGCCUUUCGACUCUCCCCCCGGAGACUUCUCGGGUCCCUUGCUUCCCCUCGCCGAGCACCAGGGCGGGUCGGCGGAUCCAGGCCGCGAAUCCCCGUCUUCUCUCUCGGCUCCCAAGGCCGGCGUCUUCCGCUCGAGGUCACCGACGAGCGGUGUUGAGAGGAAGCAGCUCGAGCGCUCUCCUCUCACCCGCAGGAAAAUGCAAGAAAAGGCAACGGCCGCAGCUGGGGAUGCCAAAACGCGAGCAAAUGACUCCAAAACACCAUCGGAUGAAUCACCUGUAUUUGAUGGCCAAAGAGGCGUAAUCAACCCCGUGGCACCCCCCAAGACCAGCCGGGCAGCCAGACUUCAAUGUGUCCAUGUCGCCGAGGGACAUACCAAGCCCGUUCUCACCGUGGACGUCACAGAAGAUCUGCUCUUUACAGGAUCGAAAGAUCGAACGUGUAAGGUGUGGAAUUUGGUGACCGGUCAAGAGAUCAUGUCUUUAGCGGAUCAUCCUAGCAGCGUCGUCUCAGUCAGAUACACUUCCAGCCUCGUCUUUACGGUUUCCACUGCCUACAUCAAAGUGUGGGACAUACGGGAUUGUGCAAAAUGUAUCCGCACGCUUAUGGCUUCAGGUCAAGUUGGUACAGGCGACACCUGUUCUUCAGCCCGAAGUUUCUCCAUCCCUCCAGGAGAGAGUCAGAUCAACCAGAUCGCCAUCAAUCCCGCCGGUUCCUUCCUGUACGCCGCCGCCGGGAACGCCGUACGCAUGUGGGAUCUCCGCAAGUUUGCCUCCACAGGGAAGCUGACUGGCCACGUGGGAGCCAUCACGUGUCUGACGAUGGAUAAGUUGGGGAACGGACAAGACCUGGUGCUCACCGGCUCCAGGGACCAUCACAUCAAAAUGUUUGAGGUGACAGAAGGCGCUCAGGGGAGCGUCGGCUCCUGCCACACGUUUGACCCCGCUCAUCAGGAUAGCGUGGAGUCUCUUGCCUUGCACGGGGACUUUGUCUACAGCGGCUCCAAAGACUACUCCGUCAAAAAGUGGGACUUGGCCAGUAAGCGGCUGCUGCAGUCAGUCGCUUUCCAGGCGGGUUGGGUUAGCGCUUUGGGCGCGGUGCCCUGCUCGUCGGCGCUGCUCGGCGGGUGUCGAGGAGGGCUUCUCCGCCUGUGGCACUCUGACUCACUAGCGCCUCUCGGUGACAUCCAAGGCCACGACAGCCCCAUUAAUGGCCUGGCGACCAACAGCAGUCAUCUGUUCACCGCCUCGGAUGACCGCACAGUGAAGAUUUGGGAAGCCAAAGGAUCUCUUGAGGAUGGAGUCCAUUGACAGUGAUUUGGGACCGUAAACUGAUUUUUGCUUCAUUUGAGUCCUCCACGUUGCGACGCUAUGCUCGCUUGCACAAUUUCUUGUGUGUGUUUUUUUUUUUUUUUUUUUGUGUACAAGACAUUUCCAAAUGCUGGAGACUUGACUGUUCCCUUCACCAGCAACACUUUGGACUUUCCGUGUGCUUCUUUCUAGUCUUGACUGUGUGAAACCAAGGACCAAAAUACUACUGAAGCUGCAUUGUGCUCUUAUUCUCCUGCUGCACUAUUUGGUAAUGUAAAUGGGUUAUUUUCUAUCUUUCCUAUACGUUGUUGGGCCGGAAACUUUAUUAGCUACAGCGGUCUAAUCGAAUGAGAGGUGUCCACGGCUGUAUCCACAGAGUACCUGUAGCUUUAACAGUUAACGCAGCAUUAACGAAAAACAAAAAUAUCUGUUAUGUCCUCAUGUGUUGUGCACUGUAACUUAAUAUGACAACCGCAUGUUUUUUUUUCCUCGUUCAAGUUUCCGUUUACUUUUCCCCAUCCCGUCCAGUCCUCCUAUCUUCCUGAAAAUGUGAGUUAAAUAGCUGUUCUGCGGAUAUCAGUCAGAUACUGAAAAAGAUAUGUCAUGUACUAUUUCCACGUUAAAUCAGGUGGAUGGAAAUUACUCUCGUGUUUUUUUAAUUUUUAUUUGAUUUUUUUUUUCAACAUUUGAUUGGAAAUUCCGUAUGUGUUAAUAUCAUUGUUGCUUGUCUUCCUGCUGAUUAUGGUGUACACACUUAACUGAGGCUGCAAUGUGAGAAUAAAUUUCAUCGUGCACA